UCACUACGACUUAUGUUUACGCUACUGAUUUUAUCACUAUUCGGUUAGAGUGUAUAUGAAGGGAAGAGGAGUGUCAAAAUUGCUAGCUGUUUUUUGUGGUUGUUUCUGACUUGGUUUUUCUUUUCCAGAUUUUGAACUUGCUUAUGACCUCUUUAGUAUCAAAAGCACCUUUGAUUGAAACCCUUCUAAAGCAUAAACAAGAACCAAAACUGAGCAGUAGCAUUCCCAAUCAAGCAAUACCUAUUGAAUCUCAAAUUUUAUUUGGUGACACGAAGUGGUAUGAACUAGGCAAGGUUUCUGUUAAGCUUGCCAUCAGCAAAUCAAAGAUGACUCUGUGUUACGCAGAAGCAGGGGAAGAUUUUGUUGAUUUACUGUUCAGUUUCCUAACUCUGCCGCUUGCGUUUAUAGUAAAAAACAUGAAAGAGGGCUCCUUGAACGGUUGCAUUGGUCGGUUGUACAAAUCUAUCCAUGAUUUUGAUGUUCGGUACAUGAACUCAAUUUACCACAAGGAAAUGCUGCUCUAUCCCAAACUUGUUCCUGGUUUUUGCUUGGAUGACAGUAUUUUAGGAACUGAGGAGAUCUCUUUUUCCUAUGUGGAUGACAAGUUGAUUAAUAAUAGAUCCCUUCUACGUUCUAAUUGUUCAUCACCGGAGUCAUAUAAACUCACAGUUGUUAAUCCGAAACCCUAUUUCAAUCAGAAUCGAAGUAGUGAUCAUGGAUUUUUGAAGGGACCUGCAGUGUUUUUAGUAACUGACAAUCUAGUUGUAAGGCCAAAAUCUCGGAUCUUUCUACUGCAUGUUCUUAAAUCUUCUAAUGUGCCUCUGACAGUAUCAAACUGUGCAUGUUGGUACGAAGGAGGGAAAUGGCAGCAGCCACUUUGUGUUUGGCUUUCGGUUGUGGCAUGGAAGUCUUGUUUCAAGAGAAGACAUGGUGACUGCCACAAGCAAAGUUGGAAGCAAGCAAGUCUUGACUUUGUGUUGGCUUGCACGCAAUUGUGCAUGUUUUAUUUUCUAUGCAUUAAAUGGCAAAUGGAGAAAAAGUUGUACUCUAUAGGCUAGGUAUAGGAAAGGGUGUUGCCGUUUGAGCUUAAGAUUUUCUUGGUCUUGGUUGUUCGCAUAAUUGUCAGUGCAUGACUAUAUGUAAGGGAAAUAGUUAUGCAUUGAGUGAGCAUCCGGAGGAGAACACAAAGGAUGGAAAACAGAGAGUGAGAGUGAGAAACUCUUGAGGUGGAGUGAGGCUCUGGGGAAAAUUCUGUGAGUGUACAAGGGAUUGGGUUUUGGGUUAUGUCGAUUUAACUCAAACUGUAUCUUGUACUAGGUAUUCUCAUAGUGAAGAGUAAUAUCACGCCGAGAACGUACGCAGGAUUUUUGCUGAACCUCGUAAUUCUCUCGGUAUCUAAAUUUCUUGUAUUUUAAACUGUUCAACUGUGGGUUUAUAGUUUGGUGAGAUAAUCUAAAUUUGGUUUUGCACUGACCGGCCAAAGCACAACAUUUUCAUCUUGAAACAUUCAACUCUAAUCCUCUAUUGACUGUCCUUAGCUGAACUGCAUGCAUAUAAUAUCUGUGUGUCUAUUAGUUCUUAAGUUUCAAGUCAUUUGUUGAUCGUCUCUUGAAUUUGUUUCUUGUUGCAGGCUUUAUCUCUUUUGGUAGCAUCUUUUGUUGGUGAAUCUACUCUAUCCAAUGUCUUCCUGAGGAAUCGUGGGGAGCCGAAGCAAGAACAUUGAGAAGGGAUUUUGGUUAUACGAAUAAAAGUUUGAUUUUGUUGUAGAAUUAAGGUUGAAUUUCCAACUAAAAGAUGUCCUGUGAUCUGUGAACCCAUAUGGUGAUGGUCCUUUUGAGUUUUCUGUAGAAAACCCUAAUGUUUUGAGUUUUCUGUUAAAAAAAAAACAUCGUUUUCAAUAUCCUAAAUUCAAAUGCGUACGUGACUAGCGAUCAAAUGCAUAUAGAGACAUA